AUUAAAUAAACCUUUUUACUUGAUAGCCACGAUCACGAAGUAGCCUCGAAGGGUCAUCUCUCGAACCAAGGUCCCACAAAAAACACAAAAACACAACACAAGUCAAUUUGACAUUUGAAAAUUCCAAAAACGACAAUAAACGUAAGACGUGACAUUUCUUCUAACCUCAAUUAUUGGUAGUUUUAACAAUACGAUGCUUCCUCUCACCAUCUUCGAAACCAACCCACUUCUUCAUUUCCUUCAAUCUUUCUUACCCCUUUUUCACAUUUAUAUACCCUCACUCUCCAUUUUCCACUCUACCAAUUCAAUUCUCCACCUUUCCAACUUUUCUCCCUUUUCCCUCACUUCACUUCAAUUAUACCAUGCAAACCUUUGAACAAAAUUUCACCUUUUGCAUCCCAAACUCUUCACUUUCAUCACACUCUGAUAUCUCUAUCACUGAUUACUUGCUUCCCCAAGAUCUUCAAUUUCAAGUUCAUACCACCCCUCAAAUGCCUCAACUCACAUCUUCCUCCAAGCCUCCAAGAUCCUCUAAUCUAAGCAACCGCAAACCCUCUUUGAAAAACAUCACAAUCCCUUCUAUAACUUCAGGUCUUGUGAUGCCACACCACAUGGAAACGACAUCAUCAACAACAUCAACAACAUCAGGUACAACCGUUUAUGACAGCAGCAAUCAAGUUUCUUCUUUGGAUGAUGGCAACAAUAGUAGAGAGGAUAAGCACUACAGAGGGGUCAGGAGAAGGCCGUGGGGGAAGUUUGCUGCAGAAAUUCGGGACCCCAAUAGAAAAGGGUCGAGGGUGUGGCUUGGAACCUUUGACACAGCCAUAGAAGCUGCUAAGGCUUAUGACAGAGCUGCUUUCAGGAUGAGAGGGAGCAAAGCCAUAUUGAACUUCCCUUUGGAGGUUGGAGAAUCUGAAGAAGAAUCGGUUUCGAUCAAGGUUGGUUUGAAGAGAGAAAGAGAGGAAGAAAGUGAAGGGAAGAAGGAAAGUAACAAGCUUGUGAAGAAAGAAGAGUGCUCUCCCAAAGGGGUGUGCCCUUUGACUCCAUCAUGUUGGAAAGGCUUUUGGGACACUGAUGUUAUGGGAACCAUCUUUAGUGUUCCUCCUUUGUCUCCAUUAUCUCCACUGAUGGUUGUUUGAAGUUAUGGCCUUUUGAUCUUUCAAUCAUGAGGAGUUGGCCAUGAAAGAAGAAAGUACUCAAGAGAGAGAUGUUGCUGCUGAUUAUCCUCUCUGAGCUGAUAAGAUAUAUGAUGCUUUGUUUAAUGUACAUAUAGGAUAGUAUGAAGCAAGAUUUCUUUAUUUGUUAAACAAAAUUUCAUGCUUAUCUUCUUCCCUUUUCAAUGUUCUUUGGUAAAAGAUUGUACUGUACUAGAACCAAUAUUGAAAUUUGUUUAUUCGUUUAUUGA